ACUGGGAUAUCGACACGCGAUAAUAUGACACAGGCUACCUGGAAUACGAAACCACUCUAUCUGCCGGAGUGCGACACUCACCAACGCAAUUAACAGCCUGACCAUGUGUGCUCUGCGGGUUACACAAACCUGCCAGGAUACACUGACUGAAUAAUUGCUUCAGAUUGGCGUCUUCCAAAUAUGGAAAAUGAGGAUCUGACGCAAUAUAUAACAUAUAGCCUAAUGGAGAACAGAUACGUCCACCUGCGUCGCUCACAUCCACCUGCCUGUCACCGAGAAUGAAAUGAGGUUCCACUCCCUGAGGUUCAAAUGUCUGCUGGCUUUCCUGUGUUUCGUUUCGUUCACUUGGAUUAAAUCGGUUCCCCGCGAUGGAGUGUCUCCAGGUUCAUCAAAGCUGCCAGAUGUCCAGAUCCUGUACGAGCGUAGUUGGUGGCUGAGGAGUUGGGAGGACAGGUCAGCAGGAAUGUCAGCAGCCUCCUAGAUCAGCUGAGGAACAUGUCUAAAGGUUCCAACGGCACCCAUCCCACAUCCACCACCACCACCACAACCAUCUUCACAGAAACAAAAACAGUAAUGCAGCUGACCGGUCAUCCUGGUCGACAGGUGUUCCUCCAACCCAACAUUUACCACUACAUGCCUCACCUCAGACAACAUCCAGACAGCCUUAUACCCAACCUAAUCCUGGGUCAGGGACGCCGUGGAGUGUCCAUAGUGCUGGGUAUUCCUACAGUGAAACGUGAUAAGCAGAACUACCUGGUCAGCACACUCAACUCUCUGCUCUACAGCCUGAAUUACUUUCAACGCCAAGAUCUCCUCAUCAUUGUCUUUGUUGCUGAGGUGGACUCAACAUUUGUGAGCAGCAUAGCAGAGACCAUCAGGAAAAAUUUUCCCAAGGAUGUGCAGUCAGGAUUACUGGAGGUAAUCUCUCCUUCACCACAUUACUACCCUGACUUCACCGCCCUAACAGAGACCUUUGGAGACUCCAAGGACAGAGUCAAGUGGCGAACAAAGCAGAAUCUGGACUUCAGCUUCCUCAUGCAAUAUGCUCAGGACAGAGGAACGUAUUAUGUUCAGUUAGAAGAUGAUGUUGUUGCAAAGGCUGGCUACUUCAAUGACUUGAAAAACUUUGCCGCCCAGGAAGCUUCAAAGCCAUGGCUCUACCUGGAGUUCUCCCAUCUUGGAUUUAUAGGGAAGAUGUUCCGAACUCGUGACCUCCCGACGGUCGCUGAGUUUUUCCUGAUGUUCCAUAGAGACAAACCUAUCGACUGGCUUUUGGAUCACAUUCUGUGGGUGAAGGUUUGCAGCCCAGAGAAAGAUGCGAAAGACUGCAAUGAAAAGAAGGCACUGCUCAAGCAGAGGUACACGCCCUCACUCUUCCAACAUGUAGGCCUGCAUUCCUCUCUGCCUGGGAAACUGCAGCAUCUGAAGGAUAAGGACUUUGGGAAGCAGACUCUGUACCAGGCCCAUAACAACCCAGCUGCAGAGCUGAGCAGCAGCCUAAAACAUUACCAGCAGCACAGUCUGCACAGAGCUUAUAGAGGAGAGGACUUCUUCUGGGCAUUAACACCCAUACAGGGUGAUUACAUUCUCCUCAACUUCUCCCAGCCAAUCCACAUAUCUGGGUACCUGUUUCGCAGUGGAAACAUUGAGACAAGUGGAGAUAAAUUCCACAACACCACAGUGGAAGUGCUGCCCAGUAACGCAUCAACAAGAGACAAACAAGUCAUUGGCUCAUCUACUCUCCACAAAGGGUCUGAUAAGGCCUUCAUCAUUAUUGGUGCGUUUGAGAAUGGAGUCUCUGAGGGGGAGAUUGAGGAAGCGCUGCAGCCGAUCUCAGCACUACGCCUGGUGGUUCAUUCUGACUCCGACGUCUGGGCUCUUCUGAGUGAGAUAUUCAUUAAAGUUUGACCACCACAGAAAAGAGGAAGCAUCGCACACACGCUGCCAUCCAGUCCUAUGCUUCGCCUGAACAAACCUGUCCCCUGCUGGACUAAGACUUUCACUACAAGUGCCUUCAGGCUGUUUUUACAAUGAAAACCUGAAGUGCCUUCAACAACUGUGCUCUGUGGGGAAGGAGGACCCAUGUUUAGUGUUUUUUCUAAGCCACACUGAGGACACUUACUUUCACUUUCAAACAUGUAUUGUUUUAAAAUGUGGAAGUAAAAAACACUUCCCAUGUGAACUGACCAUAUUGGCCACGUUGCUGGCAUGAGAACAGCUCCACUCAUUGAAGAGUUCAUAGUUAAAAUAGCAAAGCUACUGAAUAAUUUGUUACACUGAUGUAUUUUGUUUUGUAAAAAUAAAAAAUAAAAUAUAAAAUAUAUCUUA